AUGAAUUAUUUACACGUGCAUCUCAUUGUCCUCGUAGGUCCCGGCACUGUGACGCCCAUCCUGGGCGGCAUUGUGGAGAUGGUUAAGGACCCUUUUGCCUUCUGGGAGCGCCAGCGUCUGUACAGCUUCCCGGGCAUGUCAUGGAAUAGCAUCUGCGGCAUCUUCACAGUCUUUGUGACCGAUGCCGCGCUUUCCCGUUACGUGUUCAGCCAUAACUCGGAGGAUUCGCUGCUGCUGUGCCUGCACCCCAAUGCCGAGUGGAUUCUGGGCAAGACCAACAUCGCCUUCAUGAGCGGUCCACAGCACAAGGCCCUGCGCAAGAGCUUCCUGGCUCUCUUCACUCGCAAGGCGCUUGGGCUGUACGUGCUCAAGCAGGAUGCCAUUAUCCGACAGAACUUCGAUGAGUGGAUGUCGAUGCCUGGCCCGCUGGAGGUCCGGCCCCUAAUUCGCGACCUGAACGCCUUCACCAGCCAGAUGGUGUUCGUGGGGCCCUACCUGGAUGACCCCCAGCGCGAGCAGUUCUCCGCGGCCUAUCGCGCCAUGACGGACGGCUUCCUGACCUUCCCGCUGCUGCUACCGGGCACGGGUGUGUGGAAGGGCCGUCAGGGCCGCAAGUUUGUUGUCAAGGUACUGACCAAGGCGGCUGCUCGCAGCAAGGUCCGCAUGGCUGCCGGCCAGGAGCCUGAGUGCCUUCUGGACUUCUGGACCAAGCAGGAUGCUGCGGAUGCGGGCGCCGAGCCGCCCUUCUACCACGAGGACCGCAAGAUUGCGGAGACGGUGAUGGACUUCCUUUUCGCCUCGCAGGACGCCUCCACGGCCUCCCUGGUGUGGACCAUCACCCUCAUGGCCGAGCACCCGGACAUCCUGGCGCGGGUUCGUGAGGAGCAGGCCCGGCUGCGUCCCAACCUUGACGCUCCGGUGACUGGGGAUGUUCUCAAUGAGAUGACCUUCACCCGGCAGGUGGUCAAGGAGAUCUUGCGCUACCGUCCGCCGGCACCGAUGGUGCCCCAGCGUGCCCAAGCGCCCUUCAAGCUGACAGAGACGUACACGGCCCCGAAGGGAACCCUCAUCAUCCCGUCGCUCGUCAGCGCCAGCCUGCAGGGCUACGCGAACCCGGAGAAGUUCGAUCCGGAUCGCUUCGGACCCGAGCGCCAGGAGGACAUCAAGUAUGCGUCCAACUUUUUGGUGUUCGGCCACGGCCCGCACUAUUGCGUUGGCAAGGAGUAUGCCAUCAACCACUUGACGGUGUUCCUGGCGCUGCUCUCCACCUCCUUGGACUUCAACCGGAUCCGCUCAAACAUUUCGGACGAGAUUAAGUACCUGCCCACUCUGUACCCUGGGGACAGCGUCUUCGAGAUGCGCUGGCGCGCCAAGAAGUGA